AGAUACUUUCAGUAGAAGAAACAUUCAGAAACAGAAGUCCUUACUCUUGAUUCCGUGGUAUCAAGGGCUCGUCAGGCACCGUCUUCAGUCUAUUUCUUCAGUAUUUGUGGCCAAGCAGAGGGAGAGCUUGCUUCAGCGCUUGUCCAUCUGUCUCAGCUGAACUUGACUUCCUCACUGUGUUUCUCGUGUUACAAAUGCCUAAGAACAGCAAGGUAGUGAAAAGAGAACUAGAUGAUGAGGUCAUUGAGUCAGUUAAGGACCUUCUUUCCAAUGAAGACUCUUCAGAUGAUGCCUUUAAGAAGAGUGAACUUAUGGUUGGCGAUCGGGAAGAAAAAGAUGUAGAUGUUGAAGAAGGCUCGGAUGUAGAAGAUGAAAGACCUGCUUGGAACAGCAAACUCCAAUAUAUUCUGGCACAAGUUGGAUUUUCUGUGGGAUUGGGGAAUGUGUGGCGAUUCCCGUAUCUGUGUCAGAAAAAUGGUGGAGGUGCCUAUCUUGUGCCGUACUUAAUCCUGCUACUGAUAAUAGGGAUUCCACUCUUUUUCUUGGAGCUUGCUGUGGGGCAGAGAAUCCGCCGAGGGAGUAUUGGUGUGUGGAAUUAUAUCAGCCCCAAACUUGGAGGAAUUGGAUUUGCAAGCUGCGUAGUAUGUUUUUUUGUGGCCCUGUACUACAAUGUCAUUAUUGGAUGGAGUCUGUUUUACUUUUCCCAGUCUUUUCAGCAUCCAUUACCGUGGGACCAGUGUCCUUUAGUUAAAAAUACAUCUCAUACCUUUGUGGAGCCAGAGUGUGAAAAAAGUUCUGCAACUACUUAUUACUGGUACAGAGAAGCGCUGAAUAUUUCCAGCUCUCUGUCAGAGAGCGGGGGUUUAAAUUGGAAGAUGACUAUCUGCUUGCUGGCUGCCUGGGUCAUGGUAUGCCUAGCCAUGAUCAAAGGCAUUCAGUCUUCAGGCAAAAUCAUGUAUUUUAGUUCCCUUUUUCCUUAUGUGGUACUUUUAUGCUUUCUGAUCAGAGGACUGCUCCUUAAUGGGUCAGUAGAUGGAAUUCGUCACAUGUUCACACCUAAGCUUGAAAUAAUGCUGGAGCCCAAGGUCUGGAGAGAAGCUGCUACUCAGGUGUUCUUUGCCUUAGGGCUUGGAUUUGGUGGAGUCAUUGCCUUUUCAAGCUACAACAAGAGAGACAACAACUGCCAUUUUGAUGCUGUACUGGUGUCCUUCAUCAAUUUUUUCACUUCUGUGCUGGCAACUUUGGUGGUGUUUGCAGUUCUGGGCUUCAAAGCCAAUAUCAUAAAUGAAAAAUGUGUUAUCCAAAAUUCAGAGAAGAUUUUAAAACUUUUGAAAAUAGGCAAUCUGAGCCAGGAUAUGAUCCCCCAUCAUAUCAAUUUCUCAAGCAUUACAGCAGAAGAUUACAAUUUAGUUUAUGACAUUAUUCAGGAAGUUAAAGAAGAAGAGUUUGAUUCUCUCGGUCUGAAAUCUUGUCAAAUUGAAGAUGAACUUAACAAGGCUGUUCAAGGAACUGGUUUAGCUUUUAUUGCCUUUACAGAAGCAAUGACCCACUUCCCUGCUUCUCCGUUCUGGUCAGUCAUGUUCUUCCUCAUGUUGGUAAAUUUGGGACUUGGAAGUAUGUUUGGAACCAUUGAAGGCAUCAUCACACCCAUUGUUGAUACCUUCAAAGUCAGGAAAGAAAUUCUUACUGUCAUCUGCUGCUUGGUAGCGUUUUUUAUUGGCCUGAUCUUCGUGCAGCGCUCUGGAAAUUAUUUUGUGAUGAUGUUUGAUGACUACUCAGCUACUCUGCCCCUGCUUAUUGUGGUCAUUUUGGAGAAUAUUGCAGUCACACGAAUUUAUGGAAUAGACAAAUUUAUGGAGGAUCUGAAGGAUAUGCUUGGUUUUUCUCCAAGCCAGUAUUAUUACUACAUGUGGAAGUUUGUUUCACCUUUAGUAUUGUUGUGUUUGCUGGUAGCUAGCAUUGUCCAAAUGGGAUUAAGUCCUCCUGGCUACAAUGCUUGGAUUGAAGAUACGGCUAUGGAACAAUUCCACAGCUAUCCAACAUGGGGAAUGAUUGUCUGUAUAUCUCUGAUGGUGUUGGCCAUACUGCCGGUCCCAAUAGUCUUCAUGGUGCGCCGUUGCAACCUUAUCGAUGACAGCUCUGGUAGUUUGGCAUCUGUAUCCUACAAAAGAGGCCGAAUAAUAAAGGAACCUGUUAAUCUGGAGGGAGAUAAUACAAGUCUGAUUCAUGGGAAGAGUCCAAGUGAAGUGCCGUCUCCAAAUUUUGGCAAAAACAUAUAUCGAAAACAGACUGGAUCACCAACUCUGGACACUGCUCCAAAUGGACGUUACGGUAUUGGGUACCUGAUGGCAGAUAUGCCUGAUAUGCCGGAGUCUGAUUUGUAACUGCAGAAAAAAAUAAAAUGCUGUUUCUUUUUCCUCUCUCACUGAUCAUGGCUCUCCUAGGAGA